GUCAAAAUAUUUUUUUUUUUUUACACUUAAGCCCAUGGCCCGUCAAACCCUAAAAAAUUAGAAUUUGCCAAAAUAAGUAUCCAUUUGUUAAAAUAAGUUUUCAAAGUGGACCAACAACUUAAUCUUGAAGAAGAGAGAGACAUAAUAUUCUUACAUCACUUAAAAUAGAUUUUUCUAAGUCCUUAGUCUAGUUUUAUUUUGUACGAUUAUAAAUAUAGCUUUUGCUAAAAGCAGAUUUUGUGGUUUUAUUGAUUGAAGCCGCAUACUUAAUAUUCUCAAUAAAUUUCUUUUAUACAACCAUGGGAAACACACUGCGCAAACUACGAGAUAAAUCCCAACCAUUCAGCUGCGAAAUUUGUAUGGAGCCGAUGUUGUUAGCUAGUAAAAAAUUUAAGAAUCAAAAUCGCUGCAUUCAUCCAUUCUGCAUCGACUGUAUAGUAAAAUACAUCUCCUUCAAGGUUGAGGACAACGUGGUCGAAAUUCGAUGUCCAUCUCUCAAUUGUAACAAUUUUUUGGACCCAAUCUUUUGCCGGAAUCUUGUAGGUCCAGAACUGUUUGUUAAAUGGUCGGACAAGUUGUGUGAGUCGUAUGUUUUAGGGUUGACACAUUGUUACUGUCCGAAUAAGAAUUGUUCGAUUUUGAUUUUGGAUGAGUGUGGAGGGAAUGCCAAGCAGUCGCAAUGUCCAAAUUGCAAGAGAUUUUUUUGCUUCCAAUGCAAACUUCCAUGGCAUGCUGGAUUUAAGUGUGAGGAGCGUAGGGAAUUGAUGGAUAAAAACGACGUCGCUUUUGUUGUGCUUGCUCAACGUAACAAGUGGAAGAGGUGCCCUCGCUGUCGCAUAUUUGUUAGCAGAAUUCAAGGUUGCCAAUUUAUAGUAUGCAGGUGUGGUGCCACUUUCUGCUACAACUGCGGAAGACAACUUGCUAGUUGGGCUCUCCGGUGUGAUUGUAAUGUUCCUUCAUAUUCAAUCAUCAUCACUUGUCGUUUAGUACUACUUUUUUCUUUCGUAGCUUUUUUAUAUACAUUGCCCUUUAAGAAUAUUUUACUCGAUGUGUGCACCACAGAGAGAAAUACUGCCUCCAUUCACUUUUAUUUGUCCUCUUUGUUCAAAUAAUAUAUUUCUCAUUUUUAUUUUAACAUA